AGCAACGCGACAAUAAGUUUUGAGGUUAUGUUUAUUUAUUUCAAGACUUAGUCUGAAUAAUUGCGAUUGAUUGUGCUUUUUAUUUCUCACAAAGUGAUCAUGACACGUUUGUAUAAGUACUGUACUGCUGUUAUGUGACAGUCGUGUUGAAUUAACUUAUUGAAGUCCUUAAACAGAUGGUCUAGUUGUAUUUGUUAUUGUCAAUAUGGAUUUUAAAUCAGCUGUGUAAGAGAAUUGGAUGUAUGGGCGUUUUGUUUUCUUAUGGCACUGUGUUAAAGUCAUAAUAAACAUAUUUUCUGGGUACUAUUAUCUUAUGCUUUUGUAAGCGACCGAAGUAGUAUACAUCCCUUGUAAAAUUUAUUUUUUUAAAUUUUACAAGUGCCCAUUACUGGGGGUUUAUUAUAUUCAAUUUGAUAUUUUCAUAACAAAUGCUUUGGCAUAAUAAUUUUACUCUUCUUUUUAUGUAUACCUUACACAAUGUCCAAUCCACCAGUGAAAAUGGAAGUUGACAACCCAGCAGUAUUGAAAAGAUCCAGUAGUGCACCAAUGAUUAAUGAGUUAAGUUCUUCUACAAUGACCACAUCAACAUCAACUGCCACAACUUCAAGGGAGUCUAUGACUUUCAAUGUAUUUUCGUCAGCUAUGCCGCGUACAAGAAGGUUUAGUGCAAGCAGUUUCAGCCCCCACCCGCACUCACCAACUCUGCUGAACCCACGCCUCACACCGCGCGUCAGCCAACUGCGCCAGGAGGAGUGUCUGGAUGUGGCAGUUGGCCGUGAGACUGCACAUGAGCGGGAGCUCAACAACACUAUGGUCAUGUCCCAGUCAUGGGAGGAUCUUACAAUUGUUGGCACUUCUCCCAAGUGUGAUGGGGAGGAGAAGAGCUGCAAGCCACGGGUCGGUCUGUGUGAUCCCCUCCACCUUCACCUGCCCUCUCUCUCACCGGUGUGUUCUUCCCCCUCCCCUACUCGGACGCUGUCAAGGCAGAUGUUCUCUCCCACCAUGUGGAAAACUAACCUCUCGCCCAGUCCAACCAGGAAGUUCACGACCAGGAGGAGCUUAAGUCCAAUUGCAAUGCGACCAUCAUCUCUGGGCCCUGUUAAACGCAAGUUUGAUUUGGAUGAUAACGAGCCGCCAGCCAAACGUACCAGCAUCGGGCUUCUAAUGCCUCAAUCAAGAUUGGACGUGACUGCCAGUCCUCUGCCUGGUUCAUUAAGUUCAGUUGGCACCCCUGAAUCAUUGUCCAGUGGGGACUCACCAGGUGGCUUCAGCUACCGGAACAUGGACAGUCCGAACACUACAGUGGACCAUAGCUCCGAACAUCCAACCGAUCAUCCAAUGCAGGACUUGACUAAGUCUGACGCUAACCCAUCCUAACCACUAGAAACUUCUUACAUGUUUCUACGCUUAUUUAUUAUCAUCCUAGUCUGUAGCCAGUAGAUGACUAUCGUCUUAACAGGUUGAUUAGACUUUUAAAGUCAACCUCACUUUUAAAGUAGCUUUUCCAAUAGUUAUAGGAUGUCCUGUUCACAACGAUUACCCAUUGACCACUUCUUCAUCAAUAGAAUACCAAUAAAUAGUCAUAUUAGAUAGUUUUUAAAAUAUCCAUCAAUCUGGGAAUAUUGGAUUGCCUAAUACAUAAAAGUAAUUUUACUGUAGAUACUGUGAUUUAUAUUAUUUAUUUUUAAUUUUUCUAAGUAUCUGUACUUGUUUUUGUUAUUUGAUGUGUAGUUGUUGACAAUCACAAACUAAUUAUAAUGACUUCUACGUAUUUAUGAGCGAUUGUCAUAGUUGAUAAUCUUGAUAUUUCUAUUGAUACAUUUCCACUUGGUAAAUUGACCUUAUAUCCUUAUCGAAAUAUUUCUUAAAUCUAUGUACUGUAAGUGCUGGUGUUAUUUGCAUUUCCUAAAUAAAAUAUUGUACAAAGUUCCAUCUUUAAUAGUAAAAAUAAAAAUUGGUCAUAAUAUUAAUACCAUAAUUUUUGGCUGAAUGAUUGCAUAAGUUAGAAACUGAUGUAAACCUCUGUGUUCCUCAAAUUUCACAGAAAGGUUGAAUUCUUGUGACAGACUUUAAUUUUCUGCAACUCUCAUGGACAAGAAGCCAAACUGUAACAUUGUUGAUUGAAUCAAACAUGUUCUUACAUGGAACUCAAAAGUCCAAUAGUGUUAUUACAGUAAAUAAAAAACAUGUAGUUUACAUAAAACUGUAUGGAUUUCAAGUCAUUCAUUCAAGAGCUGGGACAAAUCUUCAGUAUGCCAAUUUAAUGAUCCCCCUCCCAGUUAUAUGAUAAACAAAUUAAUCUUAUCAUACAUAUUUCUUUACCCCAUAACAAAUUAGAUCACAAUCUUACAGGCCUUAUAUGACUUAAGUAAAUUUUAUAAUAAUCCCCCUUUGAUUAUCAAAAAUCCCACUUACAGGUUUAUUAUUUGAAUUAAUUCUUUGAGUAUGCUUUAAAUCUAGAAUGUGUUGCUGGUCUAAAAUCUUCUAACACAUUUUACACAUUUAUGUCUGUGGUUUCCUAAUUAUCUAUUGCAGUGGCUUGUUACUCAAAAUUGUGUAAGUACACCAAUAGAUCAAGGAUGUCAUAGUGUAGGAGAGUGCUGGAAAAAUACAUAAUCUUCAGAGAGUAAAUAUAAAAAUACAUAAGCUUAAGAGAGUAAAUACAAAUGUUAAUAAAAAAUAAGAUUGUAAUGUGUAUAAACCAUGUGACUAGCAGUUGGAAAUUGAGAAUAAUACAUUUUUUAAAUAAUUUAUUUAAAUUAACAUCAGGUUUAUUUAAAAUACCAGCUAAUAAGAAAUGAGAUGUAUGAAUUGUUAAUGUAAAUAUGUGAAAUUGUGCCUGAUAACAUGGAUCUUGAUUUUUUUAUCUGUAAUGGGAUGGGAAUAUAUUUGGUACCGACCUUCCCCCUGUA